GAGCGUGCACGAAGCUCUCCGAAAGGCACUUGUGGAAAUAUAAGUUGCGCACAAGGGGCUGCGGAGGAGGAAGUUUCACUCGAGAAUUGUUUCUGCAAGUCUAAAUUUAGUUUUAAGAUCAGAAGUAAAACCAUUAGUUUGUUUUAAAGAGCAGAGAAUGAAUCGCUUUCACCUGUUCGCGUUUUUAAUUGGGCUGUUCAUUGCGGACAGCCAAGCAAUAAUCAGAAUUCCUCUGUACAAGAUGCGCACUGUGCGCCGCAUGCUGGCAGAGAAUGGGAGGACUAUUGACGAGAUCAAAUCCAUGGCCAGACAGAAAACCUCCGAAGUCAAACUUCCAUUCUCGGCCACAACAACACAUACACCAUCACCAACAAAACUGCCAGCACCUGUGGAGAAACUCACCAACUUCAUGGACGCUCAGUAUUUUGGAGUGAUCAGUAUUGGCACCCCUCCUCAAGACUUCACUGUGCUGUUUGACACUGGAUCAUCCAACCUCUGGGUUCCAUCCAUCCAUUGUUCCUACCUGGACAUAGCAUGCUGGUUGCACCAUCGUUACAACUCUAAGAAAUCAAGCACUUAUGUUCAGAAUGGCACGGAGUUCUCGAUCCAAUACGGCAGAGGGAGUCUCUCUGGCUUCAUCAGUCAGGAUACAGUCACUUUGGCAGGGCUGAAGGUGCCAAACCAACAGUUUGCAGAGGCGGUCAAACAGCCCGGGAUUGUGUUCGCGGUGGCACGUUUUGAUGGCGUCCUGGGCAUGGCAUACCCCACCAUUUCUGUAGAUGGGGUUACUCCGGUGUUUGACACGGCCAUGGCUGCCAAAAUCCUGCCCCAGAAUAUCUUCUCUUUUUAUAUCAACCGGGACCCUGCAGGUGAGGUUGGAGGUGAGCUGAUGCUGGGAGGCUUUGACCAGCAGUAUUUUGACGGUGAUCUGCAUUACGUCAACGUCACACGAAAAGCCUUCUGGCAGAUAAAGAUGGAUGAAGUUCAGGUGGGUGGUACUCUUACCCUCUGCAAAAACGGAUGCCAGGCAGUUGUUGACACGGGAACAUCAAUGAUCACGGGGCCGGUUCAAGAGGUGCGGGCCCUGCAGAAAGCCAUCGGAGCCAUACCACUGCUGAUGGGAGAGUACUGGAUUGACUGUAAGAGGAUUCCAUCACUUCCUGUGGUUUCCUUAAGCCUGGGAGGGAAGAUGUUUAACUUAACUGGAAAGGACUAUGUUUUGAAGAUGACUCACAUGGGUGUGAGUGUUUGUCUGUCUGGCUUUAUGGCUAUGGAUAUCCCGCCCCCCGCCGGGCCGCUGUGGAUUCUGGGAGAUGUGUUCAUCGGCCGCUACUACACUGUGUUUGACAGGGAGGCAGACCGCGUGGGCUUUGCUCCUGCUAAAUGAAAAGAGAGUAAAUCGCAUUUUUGUAUUGUACUGGACCUAAUGGGCCAUUAGCAAUACAGAAAGCACUGGUAGAAGUUAAAUCUAUUGCAAUUUGAAAUAUGCAACAUAACAUAAGAAAAUCAACAAAUGCCUGACUGACAGGAUGUUAUUCCAAGUAAGAAACUCAAAGCCUGAAAAAGAGGAAAUGAGACAAACUUGUUUAGAUAAGGAUACUCUGGACUUCCCCGCCUAGAAGACUUGCUUUUUAUUUCAAUCGAUUAAAUCAAAGUAUGCUUUUUAUUUUAUAAUUAAGCUAUGAAUUAUUUUUGUAGAAACUUUAACAAAGAUUGAUUAAAUUAUUGGUAGAUGGAUGUGUGGUCCUCUUUUGUAUGUGUGUAAACCAUUUUGAUAAUGUUGAUGUGUUAUACUCAGUUUAUCAUGAAUUUAUCAUUUAUCAUGAAAUGAAUUCUAUUUCUGUUAAAGCUGAUCAAGACUACUUGGUUUCUUCACUGUAUAAUCAUCACACACAUUGUCAUAACUCAUAAUUGCAGCAAAGGUUCUUCCAAACCUGAAGUUAAAUAAAGCUUUGGUUGUA